ACAUACCCGCUCUCUUACCUUCCUCGGCUCCCCACUCGCAGUGGAUAAAGCCGACGCCUUCAGGAAGCUUCAGUGGAGUGCAAACGUGACUCUUUACUCCAUGGGGCUCCUCGACAAGCUCUGGGACGACACCCUCGCCGGCCCCCGCCCCGAGUCCGGGCUCGGCCGCCUCCGGAAGUACUCCUCCUUCGCCUUCCGCCCGUCCUCCUCCUCCCCUCUCACCGCCGCCGACAAAGAUGAGGCGGCGACCGGUGGCCUGGGAAGGCCGUACGGCGACGAGGGUUCCGCGGAGGCGGCGGCGGCGCCGAGGGUAACGAGGAGCAUCAUGAUAAAGAGGCCUGCCGGGUGGGCGUCGCCGGGGGGCGGGACGCCGCCGUCAUCGCCGGCAGGCUCGACCCCGCCCGUCUCUCCCUUCUCCGGAGCGAACCGUUUUAGGAGGAAGUCGAUGUCGGACGCGCAGGCAAGGAAAGCGGACGCGGUCGCGGUGGAAUCCACGAGCUCUUCCUGUCCUCCCUUCUAACUCUAACUCAUGUUCGCCUGCUGCUGCUGCUGCUGCUGCUGCUUUAGAGAGACUGUUGCUUGGAGAGAAAUCGCUGUUCGAUGAUCAAAUAGCUCUAUGUGGGUGGUUGUACGUUACAGAAGGAGGCGAUGCUGUUUGUGUUACUCAUCGAGGUGUUGUGUGUGUAGUUUGUGUCGAGAGAGAGAGAGAGAGAGGAGGA